GUUGAAUUGUGCCUGUUUUCCAUCCGCAGUGGCACCUCCCCGCUGGCCUGCCUGAACGCGAUGCUUCACUCCAAUUCAAGAAGCUGCGAUGGGCUUUUUUACAAACUCCCCGGGCGAAUCAGCCUCUUCACUCUCAAGAAAGCUGCUGCCCAGUGGUCUCGGACCCUCGCCGGACCUGAAGGAGAAGAGCUGGAUGACGCCGAGAGCAGUGGUUCCAAUGAAGCUGCCAGCACUGUGAGCGGGGAUAAUGAUGUGUCUCUGGACGAAACCUCUUCCAACGCCUCCUGUUCCACGGAGUCCCAAAGCAAGAGCAGCCUUGCUCUCCGGGAGAGCACCAGAACAGCAUCACAGGUGAGCAAGCAGAAGAAAAAGGCAGGCAUGAUGCUUCCCCGUGUAGUCCUGACACCCCUGAAAGUAAAUGGGGCCCACAUGGAACCCUCUUCCGGGUUGGCGGGGAAGCCGGUUGGCGAUGAGAGCAGCAGCAGCAGCUCCUCAGUUCUGCCCAGCACUCUUUGCAACAGGACAGAAAUGGCGAGGGAAGCCCCCCACCUGCUCCGGGGGGUUCGCAAGCCCUCCAGCGAACCCGCCAAGCCGGACAGAAGGGGCAGCCCAACCUCUGCUGACUCUCAGGCCUGUCCUCUGCAAGGCCGAGUCCAGCGAGCGGCUGCUACUCCUGCCUCCACCAUUGGAGGUGGGGGUGGGCCAGGAGGCGGUGGAAGGGCUCCCGACGAAGGCGGUGGUGGUGGUCGCGGCAGCAGCAACAACAACAACAGCAGGGUCCGUCCGCCCAGGAGCCACCGCGCCAAGCACUGGCGAUCCAAGAGAACUCGCGGGAAGCGCUGGUCAGAUUUACAGCGAGCACAGUUACUGCCGCCUUCCCACCUAGACGGGAAGACUGGCUGGCCGGUGCCUGAAGCCAACUUGCCUUCCGGGGCCAGAGAGCCCACCCGGGAAGGAGAGCGUGAGCUGGGUGGACAGGCCGCAAGUCUUCCUUCCCAGAAAGCUGCUGCCCAGCGAGAGGAGCCUUCGGAAGGCGGCACCCCUGAUCGCAGAGCAGCGGGAGUGCCGGCCGUUAGUCCUGAGCAACUAGUGGAGGAUCCGAGGUCUCCCCUGUCUCCAGAAGAGGCUUCUCUGGAGGGCCGUAAUCGGAAGGAGAGAAGGGAAUCUCCCGUGGGAAGCCAGCGUAGCAGUAGCUGGCUAGGAGACGCGGAAAGCAGGAAGGAGGGCCGUGAAGGUGACCGUCCCGCCAUGUUGGACUGCACCACUGCAGCACAAGCCGGCUCCCUUGAUCUGGCUCCGGAGAGCAGCGCAAGAGUCGGCUCAGAGGCUUUGGGCUCCCCUGCGUGGGAGGGCGUGCCAGUGCACCCCACUCCUGCUGGGGCGGAACUACCACCCUCCCAGCCUCAGAGGGCCGCCCCUGGCGCUGGAAGAGAGGCCCGGAGUAACCCAGAGGAAGCUUCACGGGCGACAACAGGCCUGCUCCCUCCUUGCUUCGAGGCAAGUGCCCACAAGCGCCACCUGUCCCCAGCAGAGGCACCCUCGGGCAUGGAGGUAGAGACUGACCGAGUGCGGGCCGAAGCAGGGCCGAACGCUAGCCCCAGCAGCGAGGAGGGAGCCCGGAGUCCGCUGAGCGAGACCACAGAGACCGCCUCCGAUUUGGACGCUGAGCUCACCGAUGAGAGCUUGGAAAUAAACCGGGAUUGUCGCCUGGCGGAAGCGAGGGAAGCCGGGUCCAACCAGAGGCACCCGGAGGAACGCAAAGAGGUCAUCUUAGAAAGCAGGGAAGAUUUGCCUUCCGACGUCGACGUUGCCAACGCAUCGUGCGGGAGAAAGUCACCCUCUGCUACUCUCGCGGCAGGAACAUCGGUUCUCUCCAUUUAUGUCAAAAUCCAGGAAAGGCCCCGCUCGGGUGUCCUCCAGACUCUGUCCGCCGGAGCGAGCAAGCCCCUUGAGGGACAAGGGGUCAACCAGGGCCUGACUCCACGAAGCGUUCUGCCCUCUUCCCAGGCGGCUAAGAGCAGGGACCGCCUCGUGCAGGACGCUUCUUACGAGGAGGGGACAGUCCUGACUGACCCAGCCGGGAAGGCCGCUUGUCCAUCCCAGCUCUUGCGGGAUUCUGCCGGAAGGCCCUGCCUGCCGGAGACAGCCUCCCUGCCUCCAGAGAAGAAUCCCAAUUCGGGAUCCCUGGAUCAAGCCGUCCGUCAGUCCCAGAAAACAGAUCUCUUGAAUCUGGGAAAGAAUCAUAUCUCCCCCACUCUUCAUCCAGAUCAAAGGGAUCCUCCCUGGGCAGAUUCUACCGCUGGCGUCGGGAAGCUGGAAGAGAAGCUCAAGACGGCCCCGGAGCCCAGGCUCGUGACCUCUCUGGGGCCCGGGCAGCCAAACAACGUUCCUGCAGGGAAGACCCCUGCAGCUCUGGGCAGGAAGGUCUUUGGCUCGGGCAUCCCCUCGGGUGGGGCGGCAGCCAAGGCCCAGAAGCCCCAGGGCUCCGAGCCCUUCCCCAUGUGGGGCAUGCUGUCCCACAGCAAACUGGUCUGCCCCACGCCCAAGGGUGCUGCCCCCGGAGCCGGCUUGCCUCCUGCAAGGGAGGGUGGGCCCUGCAAGCGGGACGAGAACAGGAAGGUCCAGGCCUCGGUGCAAAGAAAGAGGGAGCCGCCGAAAGAGGCCCCUGCCAAGUUGAGGGAGCCUUGGCAGAGCCUCCCUUUGGUGAGGGACCUGGCUUUUUUCAAGCUGCCGAAGGAGCCGGGCAAGGGGGCCCCGCAGCCCCUGGAGCCUUCCUCCCUGCCUUCCCAGCUCAACAUCAAGCAGGCCUUUUACCGGAAGCUCUCCAAGCUGCAGCUGAAUUGCGCCCAGCUGAAUUCCGCCUCUUCGGCUGGCAGCCCCUUUUUCCCCAGAAGCCUGGAAGGCAGCCACGCCAUGCCCUUCGGCCCCAAGGCCAACCUGACGGCUUCUUCCCGGGGCGGGCUGUCUUUUUCCGCCCAGGUGUUUGCCGAGACGGGCAAAGGCAUGGAGGAGCUCUCCCUGCAGUGCUCCUGCAGCCUGAAAGCCAUGAUCAUGUGCAAGGGCUGCGGCGCCUUUUGCCACGACGACUGCAUCGGCCCCUCCAAGCUUUGCGUGCUGUGCCUGGUGGUUAGAUGACGCUCG